AUGCAUUUCACUUCUAUCGCUACGCUUUUCUCGGUCUUGGCUGUUGCCAACGCUCAACUCACAUUCAACAUUACGCGAGCUUCCGCUCCUGGAAAUAUGGCAAAAUAUCACUGUUUGAACAACAAUAAGCUCAAAGGUUGGCUUCCCAGUUGUAUCUACGAAUGUCAAAUCCAAGCUAGCAUGCUCGAUGGCUGCGCAGCCGAAGACUUUGCCUGCCACUGCGUAAACCACUACAAGUACUCUAAAUUGAUCGAGCCCUGUACUGUUCCUCCCGGGCUGGGCGGCAAGGGUCACUGUACCGUGAAUGAUCUUUACAAGGCUCGUCCCAUUAUCGACGACAUGUGCAACUUUUAUAAUGCCACAAUUUAUAAAAGCUAUGACGGCUGCCCGCAGAUGCUGAGUCCGAGUGUUACUUAUGGGAUUAUCAUGAAUGAGGGCGUUGUGAUAACUCAGUAG